AUGGGAGCGAAACUUUUACCGGUUUGUUUUGUGAUAUUUCUGUUUUGGGAUGGCGCCCAGGCUCGAUCUGCAGGACAAGAGUUUGCCACUGUGUUCAUGCAAAACUAUGUAUCCCCUUUUGACCUGCCACUAUUUCAGCUUUAUAUCACCUCUCUGAAUUCUAAGUGCCUGGUGAAAGUCAGCGUGCCCAGUCUCGGUUUUACCCAGGAGGUGCAACUGACUGCAGGUCAGGGCUUCACUGUGACCCUCCCCAAAACAAUUGAGCUGUCUGGCACCAGGAGGUCCCGCAAAACUGUUUUCAUUCAGGCAUCUGAUGACAUAACGGUUUCCUCACUAAACUCAAAACAAUUCACGGCAGAUACAUCUCUGGUCUACCCCAUGAGCGAAUGGGGUACUGAAUAUUUUGUGUUCACUCCCCCCAACUCCCCUCCAUCCAUGCUGAAGGAGUUUGUGCUUGUCAACGGUAAAGAGCGGCACACGGUGGAAGUGUUCCUUAAAGCGGUGGUCCGGUUUGAAGGACGCUUGUAUGGUGUCGGCAGUAAACUAGUUGUGGUGAUGGAUCCUUUCGAAAAUGCACAAAUUCAAAGCCAAGGAGACCUCACGGGAACCCGCAUAUCUUCACAACUUCCCAUCGCCGUGUACUCGGGCCACAUGUGCACGUGGCGCUUUUCUAAGUGCAAUCACGUUUAUGAGCAACUCCUGCCGGUGCAAAGCUGGGGAACUCACUUCCUGGUGGCACCGUUUAGCAUCCAGAGCCAGUUCGACAGCAUCUAUAUCCAAGCAUCACAGUCAACAAAUAUAACCGUUCAAUUUGGCCGUACUACAUUAACUGGCGUUCUUCAGCGUGGGCGCAUUGUAGAGUACAAAAUCCAGUUUCCAAAUGGCCUUAACGUCAUUGCUGACAAUGGAAUCCAGGUGUUUUUUCUGUUUAAUGGUGUGCGAACAUCCCGUGGUGUCAUAUAUGACCCGUUUCUUAUGAAUCUUCUGCCCGACAACCGUUUUUGUUCUUCGUACGCACUUGACGGGAUAGCUGGCUUUGACAACCGAGCCCUUCUGAUUGUUCCUACCAAUGAACAAGCAGGGAUUCGUUUUGAUAGCUUGCCUUUACCUGGAAACCUUCAGUGGAGGGUCAUUAAAAACAGCGAGUACUCCUGGACUGAGCUGGUUUACCAACCUGGGGCAGGUGGGCACAAAUUAACCCAUUCAAAUGCUUCUUAUGGGGUCUAUAGUGUGGGACUGCAGCAAAUUAAUGGUUACGGAGCCCCAGCUGCAUGCAUUGAUCCAGUAGAUUUGCCAGCACCUCGCUCUUGCUUCAACAUCAUCUGUAGUGAGGAUGAGGAGUGCCAGAUGAAUGGUUCCUUCCCCACCUGUGUGAAGAAACCAUUUGGAAUCUGUUGGGCAAUGGGCGACCCUCACUACUGCACAUUCGACCAGCGUUACUUUGACUUCAUGGGCACUUGCACUUAUGUUGUCACCAGGAACUGCCACAAAAAUAACAGUCUUCCUGCUUUUGAGGUCCUGGCUAAAAAUGAAAACCGUGGCGACAUUAGUGUCUCCUAUGUAGCACGAGUAACUGUGAAUAUUGGGGAUAUCACCAUCAGCGUUGGAAGUUCUGAGCCCGGGAAAGUCAGGAUUGAUCAGAAUGUGUGGAGCCUUCCUGUGGUUCUUGAUGAUGUUGGGGUGUCCAUGUUCCAGUCCGGCAGCUUCAUCACCAUCCAGUUUUCUUUUGGGCUGAGUGUGCAGUAUGACUGGGACCACUAUCUCAUGGUCUCCCUGCCCACUGUCUUCAUGGACAAAGUCUGUGGGCUCUGUGGCAACUUCAAUGGUGAUCCUAAGGAUGAUUUCACUAUGCCUUCGAACACCCAGGCUCCCAGUGUGACAACGUUUGGACAGAGUUGGAAAGUUCACAACUUAACAUUGGAUGAGGGCUGUAGAGAUGACAAUGGGGGCCCUGGAUGUGAUGCUCAAGCACUUCGACAGUGGCUGGGUGAAAAGUACUGUGGACUCUUAAUGAUGGCACCAUUCAGUCAGUGUCAUUCUGUUAUUGACCCAAGUAUUUACAUCCAGAACUGCAUGUAUGAUGUCUGUAUGACAGAUGGGCACAGAAACUACUUAUGUAAGGUUUUAGAGGUCUAUGCAAGUGUAUGUCAACGUGUUGGGAUACAGCUAACCAACUGGAGAGAAGCAGCCAAUUGUUCUUACAGAUGCCCAGAGAACAGCCAUUAUGAGUUUUGUGGUAGCGCUUGCCCUUUGACCUGCAUGGGCCUCGGGUCUCCUGUGAACUGCACUUUACCUUGUGUCGAAACAUGCGCUUGUGAUCCUGGUUUUGUUCUGAGUGGAUCUGAAUGUGUACCUUCAGCCCAAUGUGGUUGUUCCUACAAUGGACACUACAUUCCCGCUGGUGAGACUUUCUGGGCGGAUGAUGCUUGUCAGCGGCUUUGUCGUUGCUCCACGGAGGGUGGACAUCUAGAAUGCCAGGGUGGAGGCUGUGGGACAGGACAGCACUGCCAGGUGGAGAAUGGCAUUAGGGACUGUUAUCCCGUCUCUCAAAGCACCUGUAUGGCACUGGGCGACCCCCACUACUACACCUUUGAUGGGAAUUAUUUUGACUUCCAGGGUAACUGUGUGUAUCAGUUGGCUGGAGUUUGCAUCUCAUAUCCUGGACUGGUGCCCUUUGAUGUGCUGGUGCAAAAUGAGUUUCGGGGAAGCAGAGUGGUGACGUUCACUAAAUUACUGCAGAUCAGAGUGUACAAUCUCACCAUUGUUAUCGAUAGAGAAUACAGCGGUUCUGUUACUGUCAAUGGUGAGCUGUUGAACCUUCCUCUCCACCUUAUUGAAGGUCAGGUUUCUGUUUUCAGAAGUGGCUGGUCUGCUGUUGUUCAAACCUCUUUUGGUCUCAAAGUCACAUUUGAUUGGAACAGCUUUGCCACCGUCACCAUCCCCAGCACCUACAUGGAUGCCAUCUGUGGCCUCUGUGGAAACUACAAUGGAAAUCCAGAAGAUGAUCUGACUGUCAGAGGAACAGCGUUACCUGCUUCAGGACCGUUGGAGUUCGGUGCCAGCUGGAGUGUAGCCGAGAUCCCAGACUGUGUCCAUGGCUGCACAGACAGUUGUCAGGAUUGCGACCCGACCAGAAGGAGUGUCUAUGAGACGUCUGAUUUCUGUGGGCUGCUGCGUGACCCACAGGGGCCUUUCAAGGACUGUCAAACUGUGCUAGACCCUGCUUGGUUUUUUGAGGAUUGUGUUUAUGAUGUCUGUUUAUAUAACGGAAGGAGAGAUCUACUAUGCCAGGCCAUAACAGCAUAUGUAACUGCCUGUCAGGCAAUGGGAAGGACCAUCAGCCCCUGGAGAACUGCUGAAUUCUGUGGUGUUCAGUGUCCCGUCCACAGCCACUAUGAGCUCUGUGGCUCUGGUUGUGAAGUCACCUGUCAUAGUUUGGCUCCUCCCGCUGGCUGUCGUAGUGGCUGUAUGGAGGGCUGUGUGUGUGACAAGGGCUACAUCAGGAGUGGGGACCGCUGCGUCCCCUUCUCUCAGUGUGGGUGUCUUUAUGGCAACCGCUACUACUUGCUUUACCAAAAGUUCUAUCCUGGCAAUAACUGUGAGGAGGUGUGCAUGUGUUUACCAGAUGGCCAGGUGGUCUGUAAUAGGUCAUCGUGUGGCCCCUAUGAGAGUUGCGAGUUGGUGGACGGCGUUCACAGAUGCCAGCCAAUCAGACAGGCCUUUUGUGAAGCUUCUGGAGACCCACACUAUGUGUCCUUUGAUGGGCUGCGCUUUGAUUUCCAGGGAACCUGUACCUACAUUCUCUCCCAAUCCUGUGGCCUGGAACGGACCAACCUGACCCAUUUCUCCAUCCAGGUGGAGAAUGAGAGAUGGUGGCCCGAUAGAUAUCAUAAAGUGUCUGUUACCCAGCAAGUGGCCUUAACUGUCUACGGCAGCACCAUCAUCUUAAGACAAAAUGAGCCCCAGAUCUUGGUCAAUGGGGUUUUGACUAACCUCCCAUAUAGUUCAAGCAGUUUAAAUGGCUUCUUGGUCCAGGCCUAUAAGGACGGUAUUUACUACAUCAUCAAGACCGGCUUUGGUCUCUAUGUGACCUAUGACCUGUCUUACUACGUCACUGUUACCAUUCCUGACAACUACCGCAACAAGACCUGUGGACUCUGCGGCAACUUUGACGGCAUCCCUUCAAAUGACUUCCGUCUCCCAAAUGGCAAUAUUACACGGGACGUAAAUGUAUUCGGGAGAGCCUGGAAAGUCGAUGUCCCUGGAGCCGUGUGUGAGGACGGAUGUGAAGGCGACACAUGUCUGGACUGUGAUCCUCGACUGAAAGCCAUCUUUGAGAAGCCUCCCUACUGCGGAGUUCUGGUUGAUCCCAACGGGCCGUUUGCCGCCUGUCACGCUGUGCUGAACCCCUCAGCUUAUCUCAACGACUGUGUCUUUGAUACCUGUGCAUCCGAUGGCAGCAUAGGGGUUAUUUGCGAUAGUGUGGCGAGAUAUGCGUUUAGUUGUCUUAGAGCCGGAGUCGUUACCCAAAGAUGGAGGACAGACAAUUUCUGCCCAAUGUCAUGUCCAGCUCACAGUCACUAUGAACCGUGCACAGACGUCUGCUCUGCUGCCUGCCCUGGUCUGACUACGAUAAUCCAGUGUCCUAAAACCUGCACAGAGGGCUGCGCUUGUGACGACGGUUAUCUGUUUGAUGGCCAGCAGUGCACUGAACACCAGCAGUGUGGGUGCUAUCAGCAGGGACGCACGUAUAAGGCUGGGGAGGUGGUUUACCUGGACCAGUGUCUGCAGAAGUGUCGAUGUGAUCCAGUGAAUAGACUUACAUGUGAAAGAGCAAACUGUCCUAACGGCACACAGUGUUUCCUUAGAGCGGGAAUGUGGGGCUGCUUUUACCCAGAUCCAUGUCAAGACCUCCACUGUCGAGAGAAAGAGUCAUGCCGCUUUGAAGGUGGCAAUGCUGUGUGUGUGCCCCAGUACAACAGCACAUGCUGGGCGUGGGGUGAUCCGCACUACCACACCUUUGAUGGCCAUGAGUAUGACUUCCAAGGCACCUGUAAAUACGUCUUGUCUAAGACCUGUGGGAAUCUGAGUGGACUGGUGCCCUUCUCUGUAACCCAGAGCAAUGAAAACCGUGGAAACCACGAUGUGUCUUAUGUGCGAGAGGUGGAAGUUACUGUAUAUGGCAGCACUUUUACUAUGGUGAACCACCAUACAGGACAGAUCAUGGUGGAUGGUUUGUGGUUUUAUCUUCCUCUUGAUCAUCAUGAUGGCCGUGUGAGGGUAAGACAGAGUGGCAAUGCUGCUCUGUUGGAAACCGACUUUGGUCUGCGUGUCUCUUACAUCUGGGGCUGGAGGGUUGACCUGCAUCUGCCCAGUAGUUACUAUGGAGUUGUGUGUGGCCUGUGUGGAAAUUUCAACGGUAAUGGUGGAGAUGAGCGGAGAGACCCUGCUGGAAACCUUCUGCCAAGUCUGUACCAGUUUGCAAAGAGCUGGAGAGCAGAAGACAGUGUCACAUCUGCGUGUCACGAUGGCUGUGAGACCGACUGCCCUGUUUGCUCUCGUGACCUACAUGCCCUCUAUGAAACAGACGCUUUCUGUGGUGUCCUGACAUCUACAGGCCAGAGUGUCUUUAGUGCAUGUCAUGCUAAAGUGAACCCACAGGCGUUCCAGCAAAGCUGUGUGUAUGAUCUGUGCUUCAAUAACGGAGACCGAAGACUUCUCUGUCAAGCUCUGGAGACUUAUGUCGAUCUGUGUCGUCAAGAGGGUGUCAUUAUUACAGAUUGGAGAGGGAGAUUCAAUUGCUCUAUGAACUGCCCACCCAACAGUCAUUAUGAGGCCUGUGCGUCUCCGUGUCCAGCGACGUGUCCGUACCCAAAUCAGCAGCCAAAUUGCACUGAUACCUGUGUGGAAGCCUGUGUGUGUGACAGCGGAUUUGUCCUCAGCGCUGACACUUGUGUGCCCACCAAUCAAUGUGGCUGCUUCUAUGAAGGCGCUUACUACCAACAAGGCCAAACUUUCUGGGCUGAUGAGCAGUGUCAUCGGCUUUGCGAGUGUGACCGUAACUUAAGUGCUUUGGUGUGUCAUGAAUCUUCCUGUGCUGUCGGUGAGAGCUGCUCGAUUGUUAAUGGAAGUCGCAGAUGUCGGCCAGUGAGUCGCGCCGCCAUAUGCAUAGGCUCAGUAGACCCACAUUACCGCACAUUCGACGGAUUCCAUUUUGACUUCCAGGGCACGUGUGUGUAUCAGUUGGCAGCCCUGUGCAUUCAUAAUGCGAGUCUUGUACCUUUUAACGUGACAGUUAAGAAUGAUCAUCGUUGGAGCAGCGCAGUGAGCUUCACUAACACUGUCAAUGUGACUGUGAAUGGAUUCACCAUCACAUUGACCAGAGAACAUCCGUAUCAAUUACUGUUUGAUGGCCAGCUAGCAGAACUUCCCUUUUGGAUUCAAGAUGUGUUUGUAGUUGUCCGCAGCGGAAACAUUGCUGUUGUGAAGACAAACUUUGGUCUCCAGGUGACCUUUGACUGGUCCAAUGUGGUGAGCGUCACUUUGCCUAACAAUUACAGUGGUGCAGUCUGUGGACUCUGUGGAAACUUCAACGGUGUUGCUCAGGAUGACCUUGCAAUGCACAAUGGUAUGAUGGCACCCAAUGCCAGUAGUCUGGGACAGAGCUGGCAGGUUGCUGCAACACCUGGCUGUUCCUCCGCUGGUUGUGUUGGCGCUGGAUGCUCAACCUGCACUGCGACCCAGAGGGAGAACGCCCAGCGCUACUGUGAGAUCAUCACAAACCGGACAGGGCCUUUCAGAGAAUGUCAUGCGCAGAUUGAUCCCAGAUCUUACCUAGAGGAUUGCAUAUUCGACACCUGCCACUUCCAAGGACAUCAGGUUGUGUUGUGUGAUGCAGUGGCAGCCUAUGCAUCUGCUUGUCAGAGUCAAAAUGUCACGGUUCACCCGUGGAGAAAUGCUACAUUCUGCCGUAACGGCCAAACCUGUGUGCCACAAGCAGAAUGUGGCUGCUUCUAUCGGGGACGCUAUUAUAACAAACACCAGAUGUUUUACGCCCAUGAGCAAUGCUUAGAGCGCUGUGUGUGUGGGCGAAAUGGAACUGUUUCCUGCCAGAAAUCAAGUUGUGCUCCAGGAGAAGCUUGCAGGGUGGUGGAUGGAGUAUUGGGAUGCCACCCUGUCAGUUAUGGAAGAUGUGUGGCGACUGGUGACCCUCACUAUUUUUCUUUUGAUGGCAGAUUUUUUGACUUUCAAGGCACAUGGGUUUAUACACUCGCUAAGGUAUGUGAUCGGGCUGAAGGACAGCUGGUGAAUUUUUCUGUGGACACACAGAAUGAGCAGAUUGGAAACCGAAGAGUUUCUGGCAUCAAGAACUUGACUGUGACUGUUUACAACCUGACAAUUAGCAUCAGACGAGGUGAACACUGGAGAGUCAUCGUGAACAAUGAAUUUGUCACCCUCCCUUCAUCUUUUGGCCAUCAAGUCACCAUUAACCGGGUUGGUCAAAGUGUCCGAGUUCAAACCGAUUUUGGCUUGAGAGUUCUGUAUGAUGCCAGUUACCACGCAGAAGUCCAUGUACCCUCAAACUAUCAAGGCCACAUGUGUGGAUUGUGUGGAAACUACAAUGGCAACCCAGCAGAUGACUUCUUGUUGCCCAAUGGCACACAAAGCACCAGUGUCAAUGCAUUCGGACAGGCGUGGGCAUUGCCAGCAACUGGUGUUCAGAGCGGAGGUGCAAGUUCCCCGCAGCAGUGCGAUCAGACCAAAGCUGAGAGUUACCGCAGAGGUGAUGCCUGUGGCCUUAUGGCAGCUGUCACUGGUCCCUUCAGUGCCUGUCAUGAUCGAGUGAAUCCUGAGCAACAUGUGAUUAACUGUGUAUUUGACAUGUGUGUUAUGGAUGGAGACGGAGCGAUGCUGUGUGAAAACCUUCAGGCUUAUGCCAUUAUCUGCCAACAAGCCGGGAUACAAAUCAUGCCAUGGAGAAAUAGUUCAUUCUGUCUGGUGGACUGUCCAGCAAACAGUCACUAUGCACAGUGCUCUAAUAACUGUGCCAACACCUGUGCCAGCCUCAGUGGCUCCGUUAACAACUGCCCAGAUAUUUGCAUGGAAGGCUGUCAGUGUGAUGAAGGUUGGCUCUCAGAUGGUGACGCGUGUGUGCCUGUGGGAGACUGUGGAUGUGUCCAUAAUGGCAAAUACCUAAAGGUUGGCGAAGUCUUAGUGACUGACACCUGCAACAUGAAGUGUGUGUGUCGUGCCACUGGGCUGCUUGAGUGUGUGAGCCAAACCUGUGCCAGAGGAGAGAUCUGUGAAGUUCGGGAUGGUCAACGAGAUUGUUACACUGAUCAAGGCCACUGUGUAUUUGAUGCCAAUGACCAGUUGCAGUCCUUUGAUGGUGUGAUGGGGACGGUGGAGCGGCCGGGAGCCUUUCAAAUGGCUUUCUUAUGUGAUCAAGACUCUCCUGACUGGUUCCGUGUGGUGUUAGAUGUACAUGCAUGUGCUAGGAAUGAUUCCGGUAAUGUGACAAUGGUCCACGUCUUCUUCCAGGACAUGAUCAUUACGGUCAACAAUCGGUGGCACAGCUGGGUCAAUGGAAAGAAGAUCUCAUAUCCCUUUAUGCCUAAAGAGGGGGUGUCAGUCUCAUACACAAAUGAGGCUGUGGUCAUUGAGAAGGUGUCUACCAUGAGACUGACUUACUCUGGCACUGGAGAGGUUGUGUUAUCCAUAAGCGCAGUCCUGACAGACCAGGUUUGUGGUGCCUGUGGCAACUUUAAUGGAGUUACUGCAGAUGAUAUGACGACUUCUGAUGGGAGAAACUCCACUAUGAUGUCUCUAGUUGCAUCAUCCUGGCACGCUGAAGACUUCUUUACAUGUGAUGUGUAACAAAACUGGGAGGAAGAUUUUGCUACUACAGGUGAUUUUCAUCUAAUAGAGGAAUUGUAAAUUGUAUUUAAUUGCACAUUGGGGCUUAGAAUGAUGCUUUGGUGUAAAAUUAAAGAUUUCUGCAUACAUACUCGGUAUGUUUUUAGUCAGCUCUUAUUACUGCACUUUUAUGAUUUGUGAUUAAGCACAUUAAAAUACACAUCUGA